UCCUCCCCCCUCCUUCGCAUCUCUCUCUCUCUCUCUCUCUGUGUGUGUACAGGCGCAGUGUGUGCAGCUUCGCUCUGCACUGAAUGAACUAGAUUCCCGGCCACGUAAGAAGCACAGCGGUACCACGGGAGAGAGGAUGUCCUGCUGAAUCAAGGGAUUGGCCUGGGAAAGUCGGCCGUCCCUUCCUUCCUUCCUUCCACAAGCUUUGCAGCGGCAUUCACAGGCGACAGACGGCACAUUUCUUCUACUGGAUAAGUUCAAGCGGAGGAUAGAGAGCGCUGACCCGAGCGACACAAAGAGCUUCAGCAGUCUCUCCGGAUGGGGCUCUCUCCUUAUGACAAUCACCGUGCAUGGAUGUGAUCCCGGGGAACAAGGCCGUGCACUGACCUGGUACUCGUUAGCCCACCAAGCUAACCAGUUAGCUCUGCACCUGCUAGCAAAACCCUGACGAAUUUCAGCAGCUAUUAUUAGCUCAGAAACUUGCUUAAUUUGUUUGGCUUGUGCAUUCCUUAAAUGCGACUGCAAGCCGCGUAAAAAAAAAAUAUUGUUUCCGUUUUACGAAACGUCUCUUAGAAUUUCACCGGCGAGAUAAGCUAGCGGACCGUUGACUUUAGCAGCCUUCAUUCAUUUUUAAAAGCUAACUUUUGGUAGCCUUUGUUGCAGCUUUUUGUCUUGCAUCCACGUUAAUGAAACUGCACCUCGUUGUUGAAGGCUUUCAGAGAGCUCUGGCCUUACAGUCAGGUAUUUAACACAGACUUCAUUCCAUGAAUGUAUAACAAAGGGGAGCAAAUGAGCUGUGGACAAAUUAAACCCUUUUUGAGUAUAGUAUCUCGCCGGUUGACAUAAAACCAAAGCACGGUACUUUAAAUUCACGUUAUUAUUGUUUUAUUAUCCAUACAUAUAUACGUGACAUAUUUUAAAGUAUCGUGCGAGCUAGAGGUGCCCUAACCGAGGAAGAGGAGAACAAGGAGAAAACUUCAUAUAUAUAUAUUUUUUGUGUGGAGAUUUCGCACUUAUUCCUCAUGAACAUACAGAGGUCAAAUCCAAUCAACAUUUCACGUUAUGGGAGAUCGCGACACAAAUCGCACGAUUUUGAAGAAUUGUCUUGCCUAAGGACUACAGAGUCGAACCAGAGUUUCAGCCCGAACCUCGGCUCCCCCAGCCCGCCGGAGACCCCGGACUCCUCGCACUGCAUCUCCCGCAUCGGGGACUACCUUUUGUUGGAGCCGCUGGAGGGAGACCACGUUUUCAGAGCCGCCCACCUGCACAGCGGGGACGAGCUCAUAUGUAAGGUUUUCGACAUUGGCCGGUACCAGGAGUCGCUGGCGGCCUACUUUGCCCUGGGCCAGCAUGAGCACAUCAACCAGAUCCUGGAGAUUUUGCUCGGCGAGACGCGAGCCUACGUGUUCUUCGACAGGAGCCACGGCGACAUGCACUCCUUCGUCCGCACCUGCAAGAAGCUGCGGGAAGACGAGGCCGCCCGGCUCUUCUAUCAGAUAGCCUCGGCCGUGGCACAUUGCCAUGACAACGGACUGGUCCUCCGUGACCUCAAGCUGAGGAAGUUCGUCUUCAAGAACGAGGACAGAAACCUUGUUAAACUGGAGAGCCUCGAGGACUCUUACAUUCUUGCUGGUCUUGACGAUUCGCUGUCAGACAAACAUGGCUGCCCGGCCUACGUCAGCCCGGAGAUCCUCAACGCCAACGGCAGCUACUCGGGCAAGGCGGCCGACGUCUGGAGCCUGGGCGUCAUGCUCUACACCAUCCUCGUGGGGCGCUACCCUUUCCACGACGUCGAGCCGGGAUCGCUGUUCAGCAAAAUCCGCCGGGGCCACUUCAACAUCCCAGAGACGCUGACGCCGAAGGCCAAGUGCCUGAUCCGCUCCAUACUGCGCCGGGAGCCGGCGGAGCGCCUCACCUCCCGGGAGAUCCUGGAGCACCCAUGGUUCGCCUCCUCCGGAGUGCUGGGGGGGUUCCAGGCGCACGGCAGAGGGGAGAGGGAGCAGGAGCAAAUGGUGCCUGAGGUGAACAUGGAGGAGGAGCUGGAGCUUUUUAGCUGAACCGCCCCCACCGACGAAGAAGCACAAAACAGAGAACGCCGCCACGGGUCGGCUCGCCACGGUAUCAACAGAGCUCCACUUCUCCCCCCUGCACCCCCUCCCUCAAAAAAAAAAAAAAAAAGAACAGUAGUGUAGAGAUAAAUAGAUGAAUUUGUCACUCAUAAUAAAGGUGUUUCCAUCGUGUUUUCCUUUUCCACCACUUCAUGGAAAACCUUGAGCCUGGCAUGACAAAUGGCAUCUAUACACCAUCUGGCGGCGCGCUCUCCCCAUUUGGGGAUGUCGCUGCCAGACAUGCAAGUUGCAAACAAUGUAGCAAUUUUAUUUUAUUUUUUUUCUUGCGUGUUUUGGUUUAAUGUGGUGCUCAUACGAAGUUGAAGCAUUCACCUUUUUUUUUUUUUUUUGACACUAUUAAGCGCAUGAAGGGACAUAUGAAGACUGUAAACCAAGGACAACCAUACUAAACGAACUGCAGCACCACAUUUUUUUUUCUUACAAAUUUAGCUUUUUCUUUUUCUUCUUUUGUGCUUUUUGCGUCGCCAUGGCUGCGGCCGGUAAUAGAGCAGCGCCGCAGACCCAAAGUUAGAAAGGGCAACCCCACGUUUUGUUGCUAAGCCGAUACAACUGACUUGGGACCACUAGGAAACAGAGCAUCUUUGUCUCUUUGUCAUCAUUGCAUAAGAAAAAAAAUGUCUGACCUCAGUUUUUUUUUUUUUUUGUUUUCUUUGUAUCUCAAUGCUGACAAUUCUGACAGUCACUAAACUCCUUGGUGGCCUUUUUUUCUUUCAGUCACGUCUCUUAAGCUUCUACCAUGCUUUCAUUUAUUGCUUUUGUCUCUUAAGCUAUUCUAAUCUGCUCCUCGCUGCUUUAAUAUCUUUCCAUAAACCCUUUUUUAUCCAUUUUCUGUGUGAUCAUCCCAACAUGGCAUAAAGCACUUGGUGCGUUAGGUUAACGGACACUUCCACCUUCUUGAAAUUAGCUUCCUUUUUAUUUUUUUAUUUAAAUUUCAGUUGCAGAAGCGAUGACGUUUAUUUAAAUUGUAACAGCUAUAAAAAUAUAUAUAAAUGAAUAUAAAUAUAUAUUUAAAAACUACAUAGCAGGGUAUUUCUUUACCAAGAGAUUCCUUUUUUUUUUUUUUCCCCAUGUAUGACGUAGGCAAUAUUUUGACACAGGACAGGUGUGAAGUGAAAACGCGCCUGUCUGAAGUUUUAAAGAAAAAAAAAACACCAUCUAUGCCAGUAUUCCUGUGCCCCCAACAGGCCAUGCCACCCAGUCUCCCUCAUUUCUUUUGGAGGAAUUAAAAUAAAAUAAAAAUCUAGAUAUGGGAUAUUCAGUAGUGGUAUUGCUAUUCCAUAAUCACUCCAUGACCUCAUGUUAGUUUUUUCCUACUGCCUGUGUAGGUUCUGUGAAAGGAUCACGCUCAAAUUGGGUAGCAGUGGACAUGUUUCGUCGUAUCUCAAUGUUACUUGAAUUUGUGUUUUUUAACCGAGUCAGUGGCAUGUGCUCCAUGAAUGCUAUAGCCUGCCUAGCGAGGGGUUACGGGCGGGUUGGGGUUUGGAGGAUGCUUUUUUUUUUGGUUUUCCUUUCUUUUCAAGAAAAGCUAUUUUAACAGAAAAAAAAAAAUCUCAAUUGAGUUGCUUUUCAGUUUAAAAUACGGCUAUAACUUUCAUUGUUUCUGUAGACUGAGCUACCUUUUUAUUUAAGUUGGUGCUGGUUUGGUGCUAAGGUUUAGUUUUUUUUUUUCCUGUUUUGUUCCUUGGCGGGUGGGGUGGUGCAUGGUGGGAUAUCUGCCUCAGAUGUUCAGAUUGUAUUGUAACAGAUUCUGGUGUUUUGUCCAAAUUUAUUCAGUAAAUAAAUUGUGAAAUGAUA